AUGUCCUUCGAAUUGAAAGAAAAGGGUAAUCAGCUCUUCAAAGAGGGCGAUUACAGCGGAGCCGAGGAACUGUAUUCUCAAGCCAUCCUAAAGAAUCCCCGCGAACCUACCUUCUUCACGAACCGCGCCCUCACGCGCAUCCGACUCGAAAAAUGGGCCGGAGUGGAACACGAUGCGCGCGCCGCGGUCGAACUCUACGGUGCGAAGAAUCCCACUAGCCUGAAGAGCUGUUGGUACCUGGCGCAGGCCCUGCUGGGCUUGCAGCGGCCGCAGGAGGCCUACGAGGUGGCGAUUGAUGCCUACCGGGCCAGUCUCGCGGUCAAGAGCGUGCAGACGGAGAAUCUGUCCAAGACGGUGCUGCGCGCCAAGCAGCAAAUUUGGGCGGCGAAGGAGACGAGUCGGUUGCGCGAGAUGAACGAGACCUUGGGCCAUGUGGAGCAACUAAUGGAGGCGGAGCUGAACCGGGCAUUGGAGGGGUUGCAAGGCAAAUUGGACCGCGAGGAGAUCGGACACAUUGGCUUCGUGGAGGAUCAGAAAGCGCUUCGCGAGGAUACGGAGAAGAAGGUCAAUACAUUGCGGGAAACGUUCCAGAUCGCGUCCAAGGGCGAGGUUAAGGAGAGGGUCGUACCCGACCAUCUGGUUGACGGCAUCACGUUCGAGAUCAUGCACGACCCGGUCAUCACGCCAUCGGGCACCAGUUUUGACCGUAUUGGCAUCGUCAAGUAUGUCGAGCAGUCCGGAGUCGAUCCCAUCACACGCGUGGCCAUGACGACCAACGACCUGCGACCGAACUACGCGCUGAAGGCGGCGUGCGAGGAGUUCUUGACACAUAAUGGAUGGGCGGUGGAUUGGUGA